AGUUUGUGUUUUGUAUAAUGUUGCUGUUGUAGAAGGUCAUUUUGUACACAUUUAGCGACGGGUGCGUAACCCAUCUGUUUGUAGGCGUUUCAGUCCCGUGAAUUCUAGUAACGUCAUUCCGAACAUUUAUUUUCAAAUUAAGAGACACUUUGGCGUAAGUGUGUUUCUUACAUGUACUUCUCCUUAGUAGACUAUCGGGUCAUCAAAAUGAAACUGUUUGAGAUAUAAGUGUAAAAUAAUAACGACCAGCACCACGAGAUAGCAAAUACCAGCACGUAAAAAUGACACUUUAAAAUUCCUGUAAAAUAAUAAUAAUAAUAACAACAACAACAAAUAGUAACAAUAGUAUAUUAAUUAUUAAAAAUUAUUAUUAAUUUAUCAAGGAUGAAUUACAUACAAAACAUUAUACCCGACUUGACAAAUUAAUAUUUUAUUGUGUAUUUCAAGGUUUCUAUGUGAGAGAAAAUAAGCACAUACAAGUUCAUCGAUUUACCUUGUGUUUGAAGUGCAGUCAAGCUUUGGCUUAUUUCCAUACAGAUAAAGAAUGGACCAAUAGCCUGUCGAUUAGAAUAGUCAUACCUGACUAAAUCCUGGACAACUUCUUCCUUAUCUUAGAGCAGUCUUACCUGAGUACACCUGCGGACUAUGGUUUGAGUGUACAUGACAUUUCAUCAUGGCUUGUGGUGGGUUUGUUUGUUCCAGAAAUGCCCUCUGUUUGCUCAACAUUAUUUAUGUGAUGGUAAGUCUUCUCAUGAUUAGUGUAGCAGCAUGGGGCAAAUGGUUCGGAUUGGUCUCCAGUUUCAGAGUGAUGGCUGCUGUCAUUGCAGUUGGACUCUUUCUCUUUGCUGUGGCCAUUGUGGGCUUGUACGGAGCUCUAAAGCAUCACCAAGUCCUUUUGUUCUUUUACAUGCUCAUUCUUUUCAUGGUAUUCAUAGUGCAGUUUUCAGUAUCAUGUGCCUGCUUGGCGAUUAGUAAAGAACAACAGAACCUUCUUCUGGAGAUAGGAUGGAAUAAGUCUGAAUCAAUGCAGAAGGAUUUGGAAAGAACGUUGGAUUGUUGUGACUUCAGUGAAGUUAACUACAAUGGAACAUGUGAAGCAAACUGUUUCAAUGAUCACAGUUGUACACCGUGUUCAGUGAUAAUCCAGGACUAUGCUGAUGACGCUCUGCAUUUUGUUGGAGGAAUCAGCCUUUUUUUUUGUUUUACAGAGAUUUUGGUUGUCUGGCUAGCAUACAGGUACAGGAAUCAGAAAGACCCUCGACAAAAUCCUGGUGCUUUCAUUUAAAACACUGUGGUGUGGCACUUGUGUUCUUCUUUUUGAAUGGACUUAUCAUUUGUGCUGUGCUCUCUUAAUAACCAUAUUCAUUAUGUAAUCCGUUUCCAAUUUUAGUUUGAAAAUAGUAAUGUGUUAACUGCAUGUGAUUACUGCAUCUGUUGGGUACAAUAACAAAUCCAAUGUUACAUUCAUCUGUACAAUAUUUGCCAUUAUAAUUUUGCUCCAUGGUGGACUUCACAAUAAAUGUUUAUUACCACUAAAUAAGUAAGUAGGUUAGCUGGACUUGAACUUUGAUCCCAAUUGACAACUCUUGCAAAGAUAAAGAUUUGUUAUGUAAAUUAAAAGAGUUACAGUUUGACAGAAAAUAAACUUUAUAUAAAGACUUGAAACAUAUAAAUCAAACUACAGUAUAAUGGUCAUUAUGUUAAGUUCAGUAAGCCAAAUUUAAAUGUAAUGACUUUGUUUGAACACUCAGUAAUAAUAGACAAUAAAACCAAAGCAGGUUUUUGAAGUGAAAAUUUUGGAUGAUUCAUAAUACAGUAUCUUGAGAUCUAGAGAACAUGUUCUUUUUUAAUACUUAUUUUUAAGAGUACAGAAAAAUGUUAAGGCAUGUUCAACUGACUAUUGCCAAACAUGUCUGAAGCUUACACACUGAAACUUUGCAAACUACACCCAACCCAAUUCCAACAGUCUGUCGGACCAGGAUAUGAGCAGGAAGUGCUACAUCAUUUAUUUGUAUUCCACAUAACCAAUUGUGUAGCACUCCUUUGUUGUUAAACUGCACUGUAAAAAAAUGUCUGUACUUUUAAUGGUAAAAGACUGUAAAACUGCUACAGAAAAAAAAAUAAAAAAACGUUAAUUUAUUAUUGAGUAAUUACAGUAAAAUAUUGUAAUAUAUUUUAAGACAACAGUAGUUUUUACAAUAAAAUGUUGUAAAAAUAAAAUUUUUUAGAUGUAAAAGGUAUGAUUUUCCUGUAUAAUUAAUGGUAAAAAUUUACAUGAUGUUUAACAGAAGAGUACAUGUACUUUUUACAGUAAAUUAUUGUUAAAAUUACAGUAAAAAACAAUAAUCAGGUGAUCCCACAAUUCCCUGCAUGACCCAUCAUAUUUCAUUAUAUUUUAUGGGAAUAGUUUUGUUUCUUUUUAUUUGUAAUAUCAGUUAUGUACAUUGGGGUGUUCUGUGUUAUAUUUGAUGUAGUUUAGUUAACUGCAUUAUUUAAAUUUUACAUGUGUUACCCUGA